AUGAGCACUCUAAUUGGGAAGUUGGAUAUAGAUGAUGAGCCACCGGCAGACUCAGUAGGAACUAUUAGUGAAUGGGCUGUUGAGCGCUCUAAUGGGAUGUUGGAUAUAGAUGAUGAGCCACCGGCAGUCUCAAAGUUGGAUAUAGAUGAUGAGCCACCACCAGACUCAGUAGAAACUAUUAGAGAAUGGGCUGAUGAGCGCUCUAAUGAGAGGUUGGAAAUAGAUGAUGAACCACCAGCAGACUCAGUAGAAACUAUUAGACAAUGGGAUGAUGAGCGCUCUAAUGAGAAGUUGGAUAUAGAUAAUGAGCCACCGGCAGACUCAUUGGAUAUAGAUGAUGAUCCACCAGCAGACUCAGUAGAAUCUAUUAGAGAAUGGGCCGAUGAGCGCUCUAAUGAGAAGUUGGAUAUAGAUGAUCAGCCACCAGCAGACUCAGUCGAAACCCUUAGAGAAUGGGCUGAUGAGCGCUCUAAUCGGAAGUUGGAUAUAGAUGAUGAGCCACCGGCAGACUCAGUUGAAACUAUUAGAGAAUGGUCUGAUGAGCGCUCUAAUGAGAAGUUGGAAAUAGAUGAUGAGCCACCACAAGACUCAGUAGAAACUAUUAGAGAAUGGGCUGAUGAGCGCUCUAAUGGGAAGUUGGAUAUAGAUGAUGAGCCACCGGCAGACUCAGUAGAAACUAUUAGAGAAUGGGCUGAUGAGCACUCUAAUGGGAAGUUGGAUAUAGAUUAUGAGCCACCGGCAGUCUCAGUAGAAACUAUUAGAGAAUGGGCUGAUGAGCGCUCUAAUGAGAAGUUGGAUAUAGAUGAUGAGCCACCACCAGACUCAGUAGAAACUAUUAGUGAAUGGGCUGAUGAGCGCUCUAAUGAGAAGUUGGAUAUAGAUGAUGAACCACCUGCAGACUCAGUAGAAACUAUUAGAGAAUGGGCUGAUGAGCGCUCUAAUGAGAAGUUGGAUAUGGAUAAUGAGCCACCGGCAGACUCAGUAGAAACUAUUAGAGAAUCGGCUGAUGAGCACUUUAAUGAGAAGAUGGAUAUAGAUGAUGAUCCACCAGCAGACCCAUUAGAAACUAUUAGAGAAUGGGCUGAUGAGCGCUCUAAUGAGAAGUUGGAUAUAGAUGAUGGGCCACCAGCAGACUCAGUAGAAACUAUUGGAGAAUGGGCUGAUGAGCGCUCUAAUGGGAUGUUGGAUAUAGAUGAGGAGCCACCGGAAGACUCAGUAGAAACUAUUAGAGAAUGGGCUGAUGAGCGCUCUAAUGAGGAGUUGGAUAUAGAUGAUGAGCCACCACCAGACUCGGUAGAAACCAUUAGAGAAUGGGCUGAUGAGCGCUCUAAUGGGAAGUUGGAUUUAGAUGAUGAGCCACCAGCAGCCUCAGUAGAAACUAUUAGAGAAUGGGCUAAUGAGCGCUCUAAUGGGAAGUUGGAUAUAGAUGAUGAGCCACCGGCAGACUCAGUAGAAACUAUUAGAGAAUGGGCUGAUGAGCGCUCUUAUGAGAAGUUCGAUAUAGUUGAUGACCCACCACCAGACUCAGUAGAAACUAUUAGAGGAUGGGCUGAUGACCGCUCUAAUGAGAAGUUGGAUAUAGAUGAUGAACCGCCAGCAGACCCAGUAGAAACUAUUAGAGAAAGGGCUGAUGAGCGCUCUAAUGAGAAGUUGGAUAUAGAUAAUGAGCCACCGGCAGACUCAGUAGAAACUAUUAGAGAAUGGGCUGUUGCGCACUCUAAUGAGAAGUUGGAUAUAGAUGAUGAUCCACCAGCAGACUCAGUAGAAACUAUUAGAGAAUUGGCUGAUGAGCGCUCUAAUGGGAAGCUGGAUAUAGAUGAUGAGCCACCGGCAAACUUAGUAGAAACUAUUAGAGAAUGGGCUGAUGAGCGCUCUAAUGAGAAGUUGGAUAUAGAUGAUGAGCCACCACCAGACUCGGUAGAAACUAUUAGAGAAUUGGCUGAUGAGCGCUCUAAUGGGAAGUUGGAUAUAGACGAUGAGCCACCGGCAGACUCAGUAGAAACUAUUAGAGAAUGGGCUGAUGAGCGCUCUAAUGAGAAGUUGGAUAUAGAUGAUGACCCACCACCAGACUCAGUAGAAACUAUAAGAGGAUGGGCUGAUGACUGCUCUAAUGAGAAGUUGGAUAUAGAUGAUGAACCACCAGCAGACUCAGUAGAAACUAUUAGAGAAAGGGCUGAUGAGCGCUCUAAUGAGAAGUUGGAUAUAGAUAAUGAGCCACCGGCAGACUCAGUAGAAACUAUUAGAGAAUGGGCUGAUGAGCACUCUAAUGAGAAGUUGGAUAUAGAUGAUGAUCCACCAGCAGACUCAGUAGAAACUAUUAGAGAAUUGGCUGAUGAGCGCUCUAAUGGGAAGUUGGAUAUAGAUGAUGAGCCACCGGCAGACUCAGUAGAAACUAUUAGAGAAUGGGCUGAGCAGCGCUCUAAAUGGACGUUGGAUAUAGAUGAUGAGCCACCAGCAGACUCAGUAGAAACUAUUAGAGAAUGGGCUGAUGAGCGCUCUAAUGGGAAGUUGGAUAUAGAUGAUGAGCUACCGGCAGACUCAGUAGAAACUAUUAGAAAAUGGGCUGAUGAGCGCUCUAAUGAGAAUUUGGAUAUAGAUGAUGAGCCACCACCAGACUCAGUAGAAACUAUUAGAGAAUGGGCUGAUGAGCGCUCUAAUGAGAAGUUGGACAUAGAUGAUGAACCACCAGCAGACUCAGUAGAAACUAUUAAACAAUGGGCUGAUGAGCGCUCUAAUGAGAAGUUGGAUAUAGAUAAUGAGCCACCACAAGCCUCAUUGGGUAUAGAUGAUGAGCCAAGGGCAGACUCAGUAGAAACUAUUAAAGAAUGGGCUGAUGAGCGCUCUAAAUGGAAGUUGGAUAUAGAUGAUGAGCUACCAGCAGACUCAGUAGAAACUAUUAGAGAAUGGGCUGAAGAGCGCUGUAAUGGGAAGGUGGAUAUAGAUGAUGAGCCAACGGCAGACUCUGUAGAAACUAUUAGAGAAUGGGCUGAUGAGCGCUCUAAUGGGAAGUUGGAUAUAGAUGAUGAGCCACUGGCAGACUCAGUAGAAACUAUUAGAGAAUGGGCUGAUGAGCGCUGUAGUGGGAAGUUGGAUAUUGAUGAUGAGCCACCAGCAGACUCAGUAGAAACUAUUAGAGAAUGGGCUGAUGAGCGCUCUAAUGGGAAGUUGGAUAUAGAUGAUGAGCCACCGUUGGAUAUAGAUGAUGAGCCACCAGCAGACUCAGUAGAAACUAUUAGAGAAUGGGCAGAUGAGCGCUCUAAUGGGAAGUUGGAUACAGAUGAUGAGCCACCGGCAGACUCAGUAGAAGCUAUUAGAGAAUGGGCUGAUGAGCACUCUAAUGGGAAAUUAGAUAUAGAAGAUGAGCCACCGGCAGACUCAGUAGAAACUAUUGUAGAAUGCACUGAUGAGCGCUGUAAUGGGAUGUUGGAUAUAGAUGAUGAGCCACCGGCAGACUCAGUGGGAACCAUUAGAGAAUGGGCUGAUGAGUGCUCUAAUGGGAUGUUGGAUAUAGAUGAUGAGCCACCGGCAGACUCAGUAGGAAUUAUUAGAGAAUGGGCUGAUGAGCGCUCUAAUGGGAAGUUGGAUAUAGAUAAUGAGCCACCGGCAGACUCAGUUGAAACUAUUAGAGAAUGGGCUGAUGAGCACUCUAAUAAGAAGUUGGAUAUAGAUGAUGAUCCACCAGCAGACUCAUUGGAUAUAGAUGAUGAGCCACCGGCAGACUCAGCAGAAACUAUUAGAGAAUGGGCUGAUGAGCGCUCUAAUGGGAAGUUGGAUACAGAUAAUGAGCCACCAUCAGACUCAGUAGAAACUAUUAGAGAAUGGGCUGAUGAGCGCUCUAAUGGGAAGUUGGAUAUAGAUGAUGAGCCACUGGCAGACUCAGUAGAAACUAUUGGAGAAUGGGCUGAUAAGCGCUCUAAUGGGAAGUUGGAUGUAGAUGAUGAGCCACCAGCAGACUCAUUGGAUAUAGAUGAUGAGCCAGCGGCAGACUCAGUAGAAACCAUUAGAGAAUGGGCUGAUGAGCGCUCUAAUGGGAAGUUGGAUAUAGAUGAUGAGCCACCAGCAGACUCAGUAGAAACUAUUAGAGAAUGGGCCGAUGAGUGCUCUAAUGGGAAGUUGGAUAUAGAUGAUGUGCCGCUGGCAGACUCAGUAGAAACUAUUAAAGAAUGGGCUGAUGAGAGCUCUAAAGGGAAGUUGGAUAUAGAUGAAGUGCCACCGGCAGACUCAGUAGAAACUAAUAGAGAAUGGGCUGAUGAGCACUUUAGUGGGAAGUUGGAUAUUGAUGAUGAACCACCAGCAGAGUCAGUAGAGACUAAUAGAGAAUGGGCUGAUGAGCGCUCUUAUGGGAAGUUUGAUAUAGAUAAUGAGGCACCGGCAGACUCAGUAGAAACUAUUAGGAAAUGGGCUGAUGCACGCUCUAAUGAGAGGUUGGAUAUAGAUGAUGAACCACCAGCAGACUCAGUAGAAACUAUUAGACAUUGGGCUGAUGAGCGCACUAAUGAGAAGUUGGAUAUAGAUAAUGAGCCACCCGCAGACUCAGUAGAAACAAUUAGAGAAUGGGCUGAAGAGCAAUCUAAUGAGAAGUUGGAUAUAGAUGAUGAUCCACCAGCAGACUCAGUAGAAGCUAUUAGAGAAUGGGCCGAUGAGUGCUCUAAUGAGAAGUUGGAUACAGAUGAUCAGCCACCAGCAGACUCAGUAGAAACUAUUAGAGAAUGGGGUGAUGAGCGCUCUAAUCGGAAGUUGGAUAUAGAUGAUGAGCCACCAGCAGACUCAGUAGAAACUAUUAAUGAAUGGGCUGAUGAGUGCUCUAAUGAGAAGUUGGAUAUAGAUGAUGAGCCACCACCAGACUCAGUAGAAACUAUUAGAGAAUGGGCUGAUGAGCGCUCUAAUGGGAAGUUGGAUAUAGAUGAUGAGCCACCAGCAGACUCAGUUGAAAGUAUUGGAGAAUGGACUGAUGAGCGCUCUAAUGGGAAGUUGGAUAUAGAUGAUGAGCCACCGGCAGACUGA